AUGGAGUUGACGGUGCGGGUGAUGGACGCCCACGUGCGCGGGGACGCCUGCGUCGGGGAGGCGCGGCUGCCACUGCGGGACACCGCCGAGUCCGGCGCCGUCACCGUGCGGCUGCUGGGGGGCGGCUUCGCCUCGUGCAGCAUACGCUGGAGCGUGCUGCACCUGCACGGGGCGUCCGGCGAGGCCCUCCUGCAGCCUCCCUCUCUGGAGGACCCAGGGACUUCUGCGCCGACGUCGGCAACGCGUCGUCGGUCUGCCACACGCUCGAGCACUUCGAGACGCCAGAUGCGCCCCCGCCCGACUUCUGCCCCCCGGAGAGGGGCGCCGAGGGCGGCGCGCUGCAGGAGCAGCCCGAGGCGUCCAGGAGGAGAGCUGCACGACCUUGUGCCGUCGUCUGCUCCUCGGCAUCAAGCCUCCUCCGGGAGAAGCUGCGGGAAAGCCCGUUCGCCACGGCGUUCGAGUUCUGGAGGUCGGCGGCCGCGGAUGCCGCCUCCUCGCCCUCGAACGUCGUCGAGGGCGAGGCGGGCUCUGGGCCGAGCGCCCGGGCGCUGCGGCACGUGGUGGCCGCGCUGGCGGAGCCACCGCCCGCCGAGCGCACGCCGGCCGAGGAUCGAGGCGCGCGACCGCGCGGGGGUCAACGAGCUGAUCCUGCAAGCCCCCCUCGCGUGGGCGCUCGCCAGCGACGGAGCCGACCUCGUGGUGGAGGCGAUCUCUGGCAGCCUGGACCUGCUGGAGCCCCUGGCACGCAGCCGCCUGGCCGGCGUCCUGCUGGAGCAGCUGAAGCAGGGGUCGUCUGACGACAACCCCACCGCUGCCGGCAAGGCGAGGAAGAAGGAGAAGCUCGUGUGGCAGCUCCUCAAGACUUCGCUUGGUGACUCUCUGAUGGAGCUGAAGCGGCUGAUUGACACCGCGGGCACCGGCCAGAACCUGCUGUCGGUCUGUGGGGAAAUUUCCCCCGAGUUGUGCACGUCGUUGAUGGACCACUUUCUGGUGGAGGGCUCCAAGGUGAUGAGGAAGCCCAUACACGUGCUUUCCGACAUCGACAUGACCGUGUGGGUCGGCACGUUCGGAGCGGGCGGGCCAAAGUUCCCCCAGGGCCCGAUCCCUGGCGCACUGCAGCUGUUCCAGGCGCUCGGCGGCCGCAUCACCUUUCUGUCGGCGCGCCCGCCAGUGUGGGAGUCGCGCACCCGCGGCGCGCUCCUGGACGACAUCGGCAUCGCCGAGGCGACCGUUCUGCAGGGCACCCUCGAGAACGUGGUGCGGUGCCUCUUCCAGCCAGCGGAGGCCCGGCGGGGGAUGGGCCAGCAGAAGGAGAAGGCGUUCAACGAGUUCGUGGACCUCUACCCCGAGGCGCGCUUCGUCUUCUUCGGCGACAGCGGCGAGGGGGACGUGGACUUCGCGCUGGCCUUCAUGCAGGACGCCGCGGGAGCCGCCGCGGUCUCCGUUGGCCGCGUGGCCCUCAUCCACGACGUGGUGGGCGCCGACGGCGUGGAACCGAAGACGAGCCCGGAGGAGCGGGAGGCGCUCGGCAGGAGAGGUGUGCACGUUUUCGACACGUACGUCGGGGCCGCCCUGCACCUGUUCCGCCUGGGCAUCCUGGACGAGGGGCAGCUGAGGCGCGCGGCGCAGAGCUGCGCCGACGAGCUCUACGAGCGUGCCCCGGGCGAGUUCCGCUCGCUGGACGUGUCCAAGGCGCGCACGGAGGAGCUGCGAAGGGACUUGGACGCCAUCUGGAAGAAGAACCAGCGGCAGAAGGGUAAGCUUUUGGAGGGCCGCGCGGAUUUCUGGGAAGCGCCGACCCUGGAAAUCCGCGGACCUCCGUCGAUGUGA